UCAAAUUCAAACGGCUGGAGACGGUGAAGGAUUGUAGAGAGCGGAGACUGAACUUUGUUUAAGAGCAUGUCCCGCCUACCAGUUAUGUCAAGCAGCAAAAGGGUCCUUGGCAGCAGCAGCAGCAGCAGCUCAGAGAAUGGCCAAGACUUUGCGCCUGCUCAGAAGAAGCUUCGUAAGGACCCAGAGUCUGUCAAACCCCAGGCAGCAGCUACAGUCAUCGGUGGCAAGCGGCCUCUUGUUGCAGCAACUAGGGCACCUCUUUCUAGGACAGUCAGAGGUGUGGGAGCUGCCACUGUGGCUGUUGGUCCUUCCAGAGGUGUACUGAAACCAUCUAUAGCUUCAGCUGCAGCAAAGGGAGGCAACGUAAAACAACCUGCUGUUUCCACUGGCACAAAAGCAGGUGGGGGCGGGGCCCCGCGACGGCAAGCAUGGGACCUCAAGGGUAAGGUCAGUGACAUGGAGGGUAAGAUCCGUAACUACCAGACCAAGGUCAAAUCUGUCAACCAGGAGAAUGAGGUUCUUAAAGGCUCGAUGGUCCAGAGCCAAACAAGAGUGGUUGAAGUGGAGAAACAGCUCGAGAAGCAGCGGAACCAGAUCAGGGAGUAUGAGGGGGAGCUGCAGGCACUGUCAGGAGUCCGGGAUGAGUUGGAGAAAGUGUCUAGUGACAAGGACACUCUUCAGAAAGAGCUCUCCAACUUAGAGGUCAAAUACAAGGUCAUGGAGACGCUGCGAGACAGCCAAGAGACAGAGCUACAAACUCUCAAGAUGAAGCUCUCCGUACAGGAGUCAACUCUGGCCCGCCUGCAGACAACCCUCAGAGACACAGAGGAGGAGGUUCGCUGUCUCAAAGAGACGGUGGCCCAGCAAAAGGAUGAGCUUCAUGCUGGAGAAAUGGAGCGCAGACGGCUCCACAAUACCAUCCAGGAGCUCAAGGGCAAUAUUAGGGUGUUUUGCAGGGUGCGCCCACUGGUGGAUGGAGGCCUCAGCAAGCACAUCCAGCUCCCAGACAGUGACAUCAAGAUGAUAACACUGGCCAAAACAGAGGAGUCCCACACAGGCAAAACUGCAGAUACUCAGAAGAACUACAACUUCAGUUUUGACCGAGUGUUUGGCCCCAAGGCUUCACAACAGGAGGUCUUUGAAGAGAUCUCUCUGUUGGUGCAGUCGGCACUGGACGGCUACAACGUCUGCUGCUUUGCCUAUGGCCAGACAGGAAGUGGAAAGACGUACACUAUGGAGGGAGAGGAGUUCGAUGACAGCAGAGGUGUCAUUCCCAGAGCCGUGCAGCAAAUCUUCAAAGCAGCAGAGAAACUGGGAUCACAAGGCUGGGAGUUCACCUUCACAGCGAGCUUUGUUGAGAUCUAUAAUGAGACCCUGCGAGACCUCCUCUACACCGGCAAGGCCAGCAAGAGGCCUGAGCAUGAGAUCCGAAAGUCGACCAACAAUGAGCUGACAAUCACCAACCUCACCUACGAAAAGGUGUCCAACGAGGAUCAGGUUCUCGGCCUGAUUGCCCUGGCCAAUCAGAAUCGCUCCACAGCCCAGACAGCCCAGAAUGACCGCUCAUCUCGCUCCCAUUCAGUCUUCCAGCUGGAUAUCGAGGGAGUGAACGCUGGCAGGGAUGUCAAAUGCAAGUCCACUCUGUGCCUGGUGGACUUGGCUGGCAGUGAGAGAAUGUUGAAGAGUCAGUCUCAGGGUGAGCGUUUCAAAGAGAUGACGGCCAUUAACGGCUCCCUGUCCAACCUGGGCAUCGUCAUCGCCGCACUGGCCAACAAGGAAAGCUAUGUUCCAUACAGAAACUCCAAGCUCACCUACCUUCUGCAGGGCUGCUUAGGAGGAAACAGCAAAACCCUGAUGUUUGUGAACAUCGCCCCAGAGACAGACAGCUUUGGGGAAACCCUCAACUCCUUGAGGUUUGCCAGCAAGGUGAACGACUGUGUUAUCGGGACUGCAAGUGCCAACAGGAAGUAGAGUGAAGCUCCUGAAAAAGCAACAGAAAAAAAACUUGUUCUUACUAUUUUCACCAUUGUGGUCCCAGCGUGAAAUGUUCAGUUUCCUGUGUCUUUUACUUACACAUUGUGCUGUUUGGUACACUCUGGUGCCAAUCAGUAAGAACCAAAACUCUUUUUGUAUAUUCUCAGGUCCAUGAUUAGUGAUCACUAACAAAGGCUUUUAAAAAUUCCUACACCUUUAUGUAAAUCAAGUGGAUGUGUAUAUAUGCAUAUUUCUUUUUUAAUACAUAUACAGCUCUCAAGAGUUUUUGAAAAUUUAAUCCCCAUUAGUCAAAUCAUAUUUUAUCUUUUUACUUGUUUUCAAUUUAAAUAUGGUGUGUUGCAUGUAACUUAGCAAUAAUUGCAAAUAAAUGUAGUAGUUAAACUCAUACUGUCAUUUUUUUUCUCCAUCUGUACUCUGGCUCAACAUACUGAAAUAAUAAAGACAUUCAGCAGAUGGGCUACUUUA